AUGGGGCUUGUUCUUCUUCUUCCAAGUCUAGUGAUGCUUGUUCUUCUUCUAUGCUUUGAAUCUCUUCCUCAUGUCAGGGCUCAGUCCACUACUACUACUACUACUACUACUGCAUCUGGGUCUUCUUCAACAAGGGAAGCAAGGACCUUGGAUGCACUUCUCCAACAAUAUGCUUAUAGGGCUUUGGUGAAUCCAAAAACAGGUACCAUUUACAAUGCAACUCAACUUCCUUCUAAUUUGACUGGGAUUGAGGUUGGGGCAUUGAGAUUAAGGAGUGGCAGUUUGAGGAGAAAAGGCUUCCAGAUGUACAAUGAGUUUGGAAUUCCCAACGGACUCAUUGAGAGUCCAUAUGUAGAAAGACUGGUUUUGGUGUACCAAAAUUUGGGUAAUUGGUCCACCAUGUAUUACCCUUUGCCUGAUUAUACUUACUUGGCUCCAGUUCUGGGACUACUAGCUUAUGAUGGUUCAAAUUUGUCAGCUACAAAUUUAUCAGAGCUAGAUAUAAAUACAUCUGAUGAACCUAUAUUGGUCAAGUUCCGGGAUGUAAAAUCAGCUCCUCAAGGUACUAUUGCAAAAUGUGUUUGGUUUGAUUUAAAGGGUUCUUCCAAUUUCAGCAAUGUAACUGGAGGCAACACAUGUUCUUCUUCCCAACAGGGCCAUUUCUCUAUAGUGGUUAAAUCCACUACUCCUCCAGCACCAGCCUCUCCUGCACCUGCUGGUGCUCCAAAAGGGGGAGCAGUACCAAAUGCUCCAAGAGAAGGUAAGAAGAAGAGUAAAAGGAAACUGUGGAUUAUUGUUGGGUCUGUCUUGGGGGGACUAGCAUUGCUGGUGGUGUUGUCAUUUCUAGUUUUGUGGAUGAACAAAUACAAACAGAAGAAGAAAAUGCAACAGAUGGAAAGGGUAUCAGAGUUAGGAGAAGCUCUUCAAAUGGCCUCUAUUGGGGAUACAAAAGCACCAGCUGCAACAGUUAUGAGAACACAACCAAUCCUUGAACAUGAGUAUGCACCAUGACACAAUAUUUUUUAACAAUCUUCAGUUGCCAUUCCACUCAUAUUCAUGUCAAUUUACUGUAUUCAGAUAUUCUUCUAAUCACACCUCUCUUUUUUUUUUUCUGGUGCCAC